AUUGUUCACUGUCGUGGUCACCAUGUUAUAAUUGUUAUAAGCGGUUUCACAAGGUUUACAUUUUUGUGAAGGAAGAGUCUAAAGUGAUGUCAGUCCUGUUUUUUAAGGGUUAAUAUUAAUAUUUCCUUCUGUUUGGUGCUGAAAUCGCCAAAGAAGCUCACCGCUCUUUAUUCCAAAGUAAGUUUAACUUCUCAUGAAUCGGAUUUCCUUUCGAACAGGUGUGGAGAUCAUCAGACGGGCGCUGCGUAUCCCCGCCAUGACCAUCGCCAAGAAUGCCGGCGUGGAGGGUUCGCUAGUGGUGGAGAAGAUCCUGCAGGGGUCCGCUGAGCUCGGCUACGACGCCAUGCAGGGAGAGUACGUCAACAUGGUGGAGAAGGGCAUCAUCGACCCCACGAAGGUGGUGCGGACGGCCCUGAUGGACGCCGCCGGAGUCGCCUCCCUGCUCUCCACCGCCGAGGCCGUCGUCACGGAGAUACCCAAGGAGGAGAAGGAGAUGCCAGGAGGAGGCAUGGGAGGAAUGGGCGGCAUGGGCGGUAUGGGAGGAGGCAUGGGUUUCUAAGCGGCUCCCUGCUCACUUGUUGUACAGACUAAUAGAGGCAGAGCGGGCGGAGCUGGGUGGACGGGGAGAAAUCCUCCUGGAAAACUGCACCCACCUCCACCAGACUUUGCCCAAACUGACCGGACACGAUGACGACGGAGCUGCAAAUGUCUCAUGACCCCCCUCUUCCUCCUCCUCUUCCUCCUCCACUACUUCAUCUGAUUCUGCCUCUGCGUCUGCGGUUUCUGCAGGAGUCUGCCUCGUCCGAAUCGGCCAGUUCACCCAGUCUGAGAUCCCACCGAGCCCAGUUCCUCCGCCCCUCCUCUCCUCUGCUCGAAAACACUCAACAGAAAGAAAUGUGCAGAUUCGAUGUCUGUAAAGUUAAAUUAAAGCGGUCUAAGAAGAGACUAACAUAG